GUCUUGCACACACACCUACACAUGCAUGCGCGCGCACGCUCGUGCAAAUCACACAACUAGGCGUUGUACACACUGAUAGUGUAAUCCUUCUCCUACUACUACUACUACUACACACACACACACACACACACACACACACACACACACACACAGAGAGAGAGCGAGAGCUCAGAGCCAAGUGACAACUGACGUCACCCUGUUCCUGUUUCUAAACACACGCGCGCGCGACCUAGGUCAGCCGAGCUACCGGAAAUGUGAAAAAAUCAGCCCAGCAUUUCAGUUCCUUUUUUUUAAAGAUGUACCGUUUUACUGCUCAGAUAACAUUAAAAACUCGACUUAGCGUAAAAGUGUUUCACAUUUUGUCCACUUCAAUCAAUUCCUUAGGAUUGUUUUUGUUGUUUUUGUUGUUUUGUUUUCCAGUGCAUCCCCACAGCAUGGUGCUGCCACCACCAGGGGACUGAACACACGUGCAUGAAUGUCGCACGUUUCAGAUUUUGUAUUUUGAAAUCGUCUUUGAAAAACAAAUCAUGUAGAGAAAAUACACGACGCUACCCAGAAGCAGGUUCUCAACAACUCGGUGUGUUUAUGCGGUGACCUGAAUGUUCCACAGGUUUUCCAAUAAGCCACAGACUCAAAUAUGAUUUACAAAACCCACGGGUUUUGCACAUUCAUUUUUCGAAACCAUAUCUCAAAGCAUAGUCAGCAUCCGUCAAUGGCAAAUUUCGUGUCUGGGUAAAACUUUCUUAUUUGCAUUUAGGUCUGAACUUUGAUUGGACCAUUCUAGUGAAUGAAUAUACUUUGCUCUAAACCAUUUUUUAUUUUUGGAGUGUGUAUCGGGAUGCCACCGAUACCACACAACAAGGCUUGUUUGGGCUUUCUUUCUUAACUAAAAAGAGUCUCUUACUAACAUGAGGAGAUUAUUCAGAGUAGAUGUGUAGGUUAAAUGUGAUGGAAGAGAUUACUGAAUGCCACAGUGGUUCUAAAGGGAUAGGAAAAUGAAAUUUUCUUUGGUAUUGUAUGAAAUGGUAUGAAGAAUUGUAAUUCUUAAUGCAUUAUGAAACAAUUACAGCAAAUAUUAAGGUAUGCUCACUGAGGAUAAACACAGAGGAAGUGAGUAGUGCGGUGUAUUAGGUAACAGUUCUUAUUUUUAACAAUAAUAAUUAUUGGUUAGUUUGCUAAGCUAAAUAACUUCGGUCGUUGCUAUUGAUGAAUCUCCUUUGUUCUCUUCUUUUUUUUCCCUUCCUUUCUUUUUCCCUUUUUUUUUUGGAUACAACCAAUACUUAACAGAGUGAGAGGUCUUUAGUUUUUCUCUCUCUCCGGUUGAGUUUCCUGUUUCCUCUUCGGCCCCGCCUCCAUCUUUGAAACGUCAACAGCGCCAAACUUUCGGGGUCCUUCGUGAGGGGAAAAUGAGCGGCAGUGUUGCGGGGCCCCAGUGGAGGAAAGUUCACUCCGUUACCGGAGUCGUUCCCCGGUCCAGGCAUGGACACCGGGCGGCGGCAAUCCGCGAGCUCAUCAUUGUAUUCGGUGGCGGGAAUGAAGGGAUAGCGGAGGACCUCCAUGUCUACAACACGGUCUCCAAACAAUGGUUCCUCCCUGCUGUGAGGGGGGACAUCCCACCCGGGUGCGCCGCUCAUGGCUUCGUCUGCGAAGGCACCCGGAUCCUGGUGUUUGGUGGCAUGGUUGAGUACGGAAAGUACACCAACAGCCUCUAUGAGCUCCAGGCCAGCCGGUGGCUCUGGAAGAAGCUGAAGCCCAGAGCGCCCAGGAACGGAUCCCUGCCCUGCCCUCGGAUCGGACACAGCUUCACCCUGGCGGGGGGGAAGUGUUACCUAUUCGGGGGCCUGGCCAAUGACAGCGAAGACCCCAACGGGAACGUACCAAGGUACCUGGGGGACUUCUAUGAGCUGGAGCUGCAGCCGCUGACGGGAGCGAGAGGCUGGAACGUUCCUGACACCAAGGGCGGCGGUCCGUCGGCGCGAGAGUCGCACACCUGUGUGGCGUACGCCAGCCUCGGCUCGCCCAAGCUCUACGUGUUUGGGGGCAUGCAGGGUUGCAGACUGAACGACCUCUGGCAGCUUGACCUCAGCUCCAUGGUUUGGUCCACGCCUGAAACCAGCGGCUCCACCCCUCUUCCCAGAAGCCUUCACUCUGCUAAUGUUGUUGGAAACAGGAUGUUUGUUUUUGGAGGCUGGACUCUUGCUCCAGAGACGGACAAACACGUCACCACGGCAACAGAGUGGAUUUGUUCCAACUCCCUGGAUUCUCUGAACCUGGACUCGAUGUGCUGGGAGUGCGUCGGCCCGGAGCAGCAGGAAGACUUCCAGUCCCAGCUGCAGAACCAGAACCAGGGCCCGCAGGCGGACGACCCGUCUGCAUGCUGGCCCCGAGCCAGAGCCGGCCACUGCUCGGCCGCCGUCGGCUCCAGGCUGUACAUUUGGAGCGGCCGCGACGGCUACCGCAAGAGCUGGAACUACCAGGUGUGCUGCAAGGACCUCUGGUACCUGGAGACAGAUCGUCCGACUGCGCCAGAGGGAGUGAUGCUCAUCAAGUCCACGGUCAGCGUGCUUCACGUGGCGUGGCGCCCCCUGGCUGCAGCAGACUUCUAUAUCCUGCAGAUCCAGCCGGUGGUCCGCUGUCCAACCACCAAACCAGUUCAGCUGACUGGAACAGAAGGACAAACUGGGACAGGUCAAUGUCCUGCAGGUCCUCAGUCCCUUCAGAAUCCAAACGAGGACCCGUCCGGUCCAGGACAGAACGCAUCGGCCCAGGACUCAUCAGCACCAUCAGGUGAAACCAAAGCGGAGGAGCAGAGUGCUGGGAGAGAGUCUGAGUCCAAACACUGCGGAGGAGCAGCGAUGGAGGACAGCAGCUCAGCUCAGCAGCAGCAGCAGCCAGACAAACAAAGUGCUCCAAGUGACCAGACGGGGGAUCUGUACGCCAGCACAGAUCAGGCUAAGGAGAACCAAGAUGGCUGCCUGUGGUUCGAUGUCGGCGUGUUUAAGACGCUCUACUGCGAGGUCAGCCACUACUUCCUGCCAGCUGAAGACCAACAGGCCUUCCACCAGAGGAAGCUGCCCAGCCCUCAGGACUACCAGGGCCAGGAGAAACAGCCGCUGACCGCGGGUCAGAUGUACCGCUUCAGGGUGGCUGGAAUCAACUGCUUCUCUCAGGGAGACUUCAGCCCAGCCAGCGAGUUCAAGACCUGCCAGCCCGGCUUCCCCGGAGCGCCCGCCGCCGUCAAGAUCUCCAAGGCCAGUGAUGCGGUCCAGAUCACCUGGGAGGCGCCGACGUCUCCGUCGGGUCGGAUUCUGGAGUACUCCAUGUACCUGGCGGUAAGGAAAAGCCGGUCCGGCUCGGAGCGCCCGGGGCAAAUGGCCUUCAUCCGGAUCUACCGUGGCACCAAGACCAGCUGCUCGGUCAGCUCCUCCCACCUGGAGAACGCUCACAUCGACAGCUCGGCAUCCUGCCGCCCCGCCGUCGUCUUCCGCAUCGCGGCCAAGAACGAGCAGGGCUACGGACCGGCCACGCAGAUCCGCUGGAUCCAAGAUCCUAUCAAACUGCGGGGCUCUGCUGCCAAACCAGACGGCAGCGCUGAGGCUGACCCAGACGCAGCUGACAGCUCCAGCUGAGGCGGUUCUGGACCAGCUACAGGGAAAAAAACCCAAUUCCCUCAGGAAGUUGAACUGAACAUUUCUUAAAACAUCUUUCCUAAUUUAUUUUUCUCUGAUGAAACUGUAAAUAGGUUCACAGGCCGAUUUUACCUCCAACUGUUUCACUUAGCAACUGUUUUAUGAAAUAAUCUCUAAUAUGAAGACGUUGUGAGGUGAGACGCAUUCAGUAAUUGUUUUUAUAGACCUGGAUGAUGAUUUAAUCAUCAUUAAUAAUAAAUAAUUAUAUAUAGAUAUGACUGAAACACCAGGAGGAAACACUAAGCUAAUGAAAUCUGUGUUCCACAGAGGUUGGGUUCUAAUUCACUUUGUUGUUUUUUCUCCUUUUAAACUGCAUGGUACUUCACACGUCUACAUGAGUUCUGGUUUUAGUUUUAGAUAUCUAAUAAAAGAAAAUGUUGCCUUCCAUUUUGUCACAAAAAUACAACUCCAGCAAAUCGUAAAAGGGCUUGUGUUUAAAGGCAGAGCCGGUCCAAGAUGGCAGGAGGCCUAGGGAGAACUUCAGUUUGGACCCCCAUUCUAGUUCACAUUAUUUAUUGAAUUGGGUUAUUUUUCUGCCUUAUUCAUUUGAUGUGGCAGUUAUGUUCACUGUAACACUUGGUAAUGUUGGGGAAACAGAAGCUCGUUUUUUUUUUGCUUGAUUAAGCUAGUAGCAGGACUAUCAAACAAUGCUACUACUGUAUUAUUUCAACUUUUAUUUGGAGUUCCCUUAAGGCCCAUUUGUUUAAAAUUUUUAUUUUGUAAGUCAAAUUCACAAUAAAAAUGAUUAAGAAUUUGAAGCUUAAGUGGGAGGACUCCUUACAGCAGUGCACAUGGUUAGGCUGGCUCUGCCUCCAUCUAUCAGCCUAGGCAGUGCCAGUGAUAUGUGCAUAAAGGGUGUGUGUGUGUGCCGGGUGUAUUGGAUAAAGGGGAAGCUCUUGUCGUCGGUGACUGUUUAUUUUAAAGAGAACCUCAGACAAACAGGAACUGAUGCGAACGGCACGGGAUCUCGGCUUCCUGUCAGGACGCCUGAAAUACAAGCUCUUCUACUGUCUGCAGUCGACUUCAGUGAUGCUGUUUUACUCGCCUUCGGGGGAAAAACAAAGUUCUGAUUAUAAUGCGAUCUAUAUAUUGAAUUGUAUAGUAGUUUAAUACAAAACUGUCUUUAUUUCCCCCCCCAGCGAUUUUUAUUACAAAAUAUCCAAGAUUAUGACUUUGUCUUCCUAUUUAGCAGUGCUCCAUUUGGUUACCAGUCUUCUGUACUGUAUCUCUAGCUUGUCUGGAGUUACUUUCUUCCUUUUUUUUCUAUCUGCAAAUGUUUUUUAUGCUUUUAAAAAAUAUAUAUAUAUUUCUGUGAAAGUCAAUUCUUCAAUUUGCCUCCAGAGGCCAAGCUUUUAAUAUCAGUUUUCCCCAGAACUACAUGAACUUUAGUCAAUUCUGGACAAGCAACAGAGAAAACUAAAUGUAUUCUUAUUCAAGAUAAAUAAAGUUGAUAAUAUCCCACAACA